GCAUAAAGUUUUGUCAAACAAACAUCGUGACGUCACAGUGUCAUGGCGGCGAGCAGUUCAGCUGUGUCAGUUUUAACUCCGAAUGGAAGAAGACAAACUGUCAAAGUGUCUCCAAACACACCUUUAUUACAGGUUCUUGAGGAUGUGUGUAAGAAGCACGGCUUUGAUCCAGAUGAGCAUGGACUCAAGUUUCAGAGGAACAUUCUAGAUUUGACUCUGCAGUGGCGAUUUGCCAGUCUGCCAAAUAAUGCCAAGCUGGAGAUGGUGGCGUGUUCACGGCAGCAGGCGGGAGCCGAGAGCGCGGUGCGGAUCGCCCUGCAGAUGGAGGACGGCUCUCGUCUUCAGGACUCUUUCUCUAGUGGACAGACAUUAUGGGAUCUACUGACCCACUUUCCUCAAACCAGGACGUCUGAUCUGGAGGCGUCUGGACCCACACCAGUGUGUGUUUACAUGAGAGACGAGAUCAGCGGUGAGGAAGCGCUGAAGAAGACGACUCUAAAGUCUCUGGGCCUCACGGGAGGAAGUGCCAUCAUACGAUAUGUGCUGAAAGGCUCCAGCUCAUGUCCUGGUGCGGACAUGGAUGCGGUCAAGACAACCGUAUCACAGCCGCCUCUACCAGAACCAUCAGUCCCUGCUCCCAUGAAAACCCCAGCUCCGCCCACUGAGGUCGCCGCCCCAUUGAACCAUCACCCUGUCAAAAAGGAAGAGGAGAAGCCGAACACGAGCCAAGAGCAAUCAGUGCGGCCUAAAACUAAAGCCGCUGGUGAGCCGCAGAAGUCCCAGCUAAUGACAAAAGAGGAUGACGAGCGACCGGGGACGUCCCAACAGUGCCAUGGCUCCGCCCCCUCAGCCCCGCCCACUAACUUUGUGCCAUUUGCGGGAAGCGGACAGCGUUUGGGAGGACCUGCGGCCACUGGACUGAAGGGCUCGACCUCGUGGUCGUCUUGCGUGUCCGGCAGCCCUCCCAAAGCCAAAAAACCCAAACCCAGCAGUGAAAUCAAGAGAUCAGCCAGUGCCAAACAAGCGACGAGGGCUGAAGAGGAAGCAGAUGAAUAUCUGGAGCCGGUCGACAGGGAGCCGCUGGUCUUCCAUCUGGAUUCAGGAGCCCGUCGCCAUGACGACAUAGAACUUCCCGACGAGUUUUUUGAGGUCACCGUGGAUGACAUUCGGAAGAGAUUCGCCCAGCUGAAGAGUGAGAGGAGGUCGUUUGAAGAAGCUCCUCUCAUGACGAAAUCUCUCCGAGAGUCUCAGAUGAAGGAGAAGUUGGACAGGUAUCCAAAGGUGGCGUUGAGGGUCCAGUUUCCAGACCGCCAGGUUCUUCAGGGCUUCUUCAGGCCUCUGGAAACAGUCGGUACUCUGAGAAGUUUCGUCAGAUCUCACCUGCAGGACCCACAACUGCAGUUUUACCUGUUUGUUGCUCCACCCAAAACCAUCCUUGACGAUCCAAGUGUCACUCUAUUCCAGGCGAAUCUCUUCCCUGCUGCUCUCGUGUACUUUGGCUCAGACGUGACGACAGAUUGUUACUUGCGCUCUGACCUUCUGGACGUCAGUGUCUCCGCCCUACAGGCUGAUGAGCUCAUUGCAGGCUGUAUGCCGCGCUCUCCUCCUCCACUCUCCUCAUCCGCUCCCGCUGAACACGUCCCGCCGUCGGCUCCUGAGUCGUGUGAUUCCUCCGGCCAGCAGGCGGCGACAGAGGACGGCUGUGACUCUCAGGCGACAGCGCCCAGACCCGUGAGGAACGACUCCGGGAAAGUGCCGAAGUGGCUCAAACUGCCAGGUAAGAAGUGACGUUUGAUCAGCGCAGGAGGACGGAAGCGUUUGGAUUCUCCGGCUGCAGUAGUUUAAUAGUUUAUCAAUAUUUCAUGCAAACCUCCAUCAAUUAAACACAGUGUUAAUUGCCAA